GUGGACCGGCCUCUUUUCAAAGACUAUUGGGAGAGGCUGUUGGCGUCAUUGGAGGCAGCGGCUGAGAAGGGGGAUAGUCAAAGGAAAGUGGCGAGAUUGACGUUACUGAAGGAUGUUAAUGAUGAGGACAUAUUUGGCUACGCCAAGUUGAUCGAUUUGAUGAAGGCUGAUUUCAUAGAGGUGAAAGGGGCGACCUACGCUGGAUGGGAUCGGGAUGCUACGGGAUUAACGAUGGCCAACUGUCCGUAUUUCGAUGAUAUCAUCAAUUUCGCACAGAAAAUAGAAUGCGAGUUGGGUGGGGAGUAUGCCCUGUUGGCCGUGCAUGAGCACAGCUGUAGUGCCCUGUUGGUGCGGCGAGGGCUGCAGGAAGCGGUGUGGAUUGACUUUGAUAAAUUCAAUGAGUUUGUUGUUGAUCAUUACGAUAAGGAGGAGUCGUCGUUGUUGAUGCGAGUGCCGUUUAGCGAGUAUUCCCGAGCCCUUCCUGAUUGGGCUCAGUCGACGUCUGCAAGUCUGGGCAUGGAUCCUCAUCACACGCGUGUAACUGAGCUCACUGUGGAGCAGUUGGAAGCUAGAGAAAACGCCAAAGCGGCGUUACAACGUUUCUGA